GAUUACCUCACAUCGCAAGUCAACUUUAUCAGCAAUGGAUACUCAACAUCAAAACCCACCUCUUACUCAAGACAACCACGAGAUGGAUCGUUCAUCCGUGAAAAUGUUCAGUUUUGCUCUAACUGCAAGUGCGAAAACCAGCCUGUUGAAUUGUUUGUUGGCAAGACACGGAACUAUAAAACGUGUAGAUUGUGUCGUGAACGUCAGAGUGACGUCGGAAAACCCAUUCCAGACCAAUUGCUCGUAACGAUGGAAGAAGUAGAGGCUAUGAUUCCGUCUCGUACUGAUCUUCCAAGCGCAAACGACACUCUUGAAGGUUACUCUCUCGAUGUCUACGUUCAACUCGAUGAACAGCUGUCGACAAUGGCAGAUCAGGAGCUUACUGCUGCAAUCGUUGGCCGCAUUCAAGCCAUCGACGGUUACAAUUACUACCAUGUAUCUCGAACCGAACCCGGGAAGAAGUUUUCUUGGUCGUUUUUGCAUAAGUGCUCUCAAGAUUUCGAUGUGCAACACCAAGUUCCUGAUGGCGAUCGCCUGCGAUUGCAUACGCGAAUGGAGACAUUCCUUUGUGGGGGUUAUAUCAAGGGAUUAGUCGAUAAGCCCAAUGGCUAUUUCUAUCUACAUGUCGAGCACACGCAUGCACAUCAAACUGCUCCAAUCCAGGCAAUGCGCGCUGUAUUAACUUUUGUUUGCUUGCUUUAUACUCUUAAUUUCAUAUGAUUACUUCUUGUCCUGACAAAAUUAUCCACGAUACUCGAUGUUUGGUGAGGAAAACAAAGUAAGUAUGCCGCGUAUCAACAUGAAUGUGUAUGAAUUAUCCAGUAAAUGAAAGUGCAACAUAGACACCAUGUAAUACAUAAGUAGAGGUGAUUCUUUAGGCCGAUCUGAAAAAAAAGUUGGCGUUUCUCUACCGGCUAUUUAAUUGUCCGAGAGUGAUUAGGUCACGUGUCCGUGAAAAAA